AUGAAAACAAUUAUCUUUUUAGUUUGCCUAUUUUUUAUUGGUGUUUGUUUAGCUGAAGAAGAAGCAGUUGCUGUAGUUUGUUCUGGUAAUCAAAGAGCUUGUGGAGCUUAUUCAUGUUAUGAUCCUACUUCUCAACAAUGUUACGCUGGAGGACUAGUAUGUGGCUUUUUCCAAAGAGCAUGUGGAAAUAGAUGCUACGAUCCUCAAUCUCAACAAUGUUACCCUGGAGGACUUGUUUGUGGCUUUUUCCAAAGAGCAACAGUCUAA